AUAUAGCCUGCCCCAAGCGCGAAAUUCACACAUAAAGCCACAACGUGGCACUGAGGAAAGAGGCUGCAUAAACAGUACACGGUUUCAAUCGUCAAGACUUGAAACAUGUAUAAUUCUCUGUUAAAGCUUGUGUUUGUAGCUUAUCUGUAUGUGUAUAGUACAGAGGCCAAGCGUUGCUAUGGUUCGGCAAAUUAUACUCUCACACGCAGAGGAACAUGGACAUUAGAGAGGCAUCCAAAUUCCCCUUUGCUCCGAGGUUUCUCGCCUACCGUGGGCUGCAGUCAUAAUUAUCGCUAUGUGAUGUGGAGACAAGGGAUAAAGGCGACCACAGGAGUUAAAGAUUUGUCAGAAAUGGGUAUGUAUAGUUCCUUAUAUGUUACUUGAAAGCUUUUAUAGGUAGUCACACCCAUAUCAACCCAUAUUCAAGGACAGGCGUGACGUUCUAACAACUGAGCUUGACAACACUCCACACUUUCGCUUAUCCAGAUCUCUAAAAUUUUACUUGCGAAUUCAAUCUUCUAAACUGGGAGAGUUCACAUGAAUCACAUUUGUAAUAAAAAUAAAACUUUUUUGUCAUGCUUGGCUUCCUUGGCCAGGCUUGCUCAUGUUAUUCCCACUAUAGCGGAUCAAAGAGAGAACAAUUUAGCAAAUUUAGGCUAAACCAAACCUUUAUUGAUUUUCAGGUGACAUAACUGCACUAAACGCAGAAAUGGACAUUCAAAUAGCAUUGAAGAAAGCAUUUAAGAGAUACAGCGGUACUAUUAUGGCCGGUGGCACUUCCAACGACACUAUCCUUAAUAUCAAAGUCAACUCGCAAUAUCCUCUCGUGUCCUUCAUCGCCAUGUUAGCCCCCUCACCAGAUUGGUUUCAUGGUGUGCAUGAUUUAAAUUUAUGCAACACAUGGACGGGAAAAUGGCGAAAUCGAGUGGUGAGAAAAUUGUUUCCCUAUGAUGCGGGCACUGAUAGCGGAGUUAAUUUCACAAGUCCCAAUGACGUCACCAAUCCGCCUGUAAAUAUUCGCCGUAUUACACAUGAUAUUGAAGGUUCAUUCCAAAGCGACAGGCCCAUCCCGAGUGUUGGAACAUUCAUCUUUGUGAAGACCUCGGAAAAAAAGAGAAAAAAGACACACCGAGUGAGAUGCCUGUCGAGGGUUCCCCGCGUGAGGUGCCUGUUGAGGAAGCUGCCUUGGAGAAGACAUUGGAAAACACGCAGGACACGUCGACAUGUCCACAAAUUCCCAUACUAACAGCUAACCCAGACUUCAAUAUAACUCUCGCUCUGAUGUUAUGCAUCUUGAACAUCAUUGGCUAUCUAUAAAUUACUUGACAAACUCUCACUUUGUAAUCUUCAUACCGUAAUAAAUAUACCUGUUACCUUGAAUGUAUAUCAUAAUUGCAAUAAUAAUA